CGGCGUUGGAACGGCUGCUGAGCCGGGGGUUCGUGUUUGCUGGGCGGUUGUACAGGUACCUGCUGGCCAAGGGCGGCUCCAUUUGGUGUGCGGCAGUGCGCAGUGCGAGGACUGAGGACCGGGCUGCAUGGGAGCCGCUCCGAAACCCAAUAACGGGCGGUUGGCCGUUGCUGGGCGCUGCCGUACAUCUCACCUCCGUACAGUCCAUGGCUAUGCGAGCCGAGCUCUGGGCCAGUCGGGCGGUACCGCUGGGGCUGCCGGCGGGCUGGACUGUACGCUACGAACCCGAUUUAGAGGCGACUGACCCACGGGUCACCGCCGGCAGCUCCGACACCCCGCAACCCGCCAUCAAGCUCACUGACGGAGCUGGCAGGGCCUCCCUGGACCUCUGGCCCCUCAUCCACGCCGCAUGGGCACGACAUCGCGCCGCCGCCGCCGCCGCCGCCGCAGAUUCCAUCAGCGUCACCGUUGAC